AUGUGCUAUUCCGCGUUUAGUGUAUCGGUACGAUUGGGUGAGUACGAUCUGGACAAAACUAUCGAUUGCAGUACGAACGGCGAAGAGUGCGCCAUGCCCGUGCAGGAUAUUCCAGUUGAGCGGAUCAUCAUGCACGAUAACUACAGCAACCGGCACAAAAGGAAUGACAUCGCUUUGAUUCGGCUUUCUCGAAAGGCUUCCCUCAAUGAUAACGUGAACCCGAUCUGUUUGCCGGUUGGACCCCAGAUGCGUACAACAGUAAGAAACUACGUUGUUGCUGGGUGGGGCACCACUCACAAUAGUGAGUCCUCUGCCAGGCUCCAGUUUGCCGUUCUAACCCUGAUGCCCAACGACAAGUGCCUAUCGCGUCUGCGCAUGGAGGAUCGUUACGUCAAGUUGGAAGAAAGCCAGCUAUGCGCGAUCGGAGCCAAUAUGAGCGACAAUUGCUCAGGAGAUUCGGGUGGACCAUUGAAAACGAUCAGCGUUAGUGGUCAGUUUGUGCAGUACGGUGUAGUGUCGUUUGGCCUGAACACUUGUGGAAAACUGAGCGCACCGGGAGUAUAUACACGAGUGGAAAAUUUUGCCGAUUGGAUUUUGGACAAUCUGGAAGACUAA